CAGACGACUCAGAAGUGGAGAACAUUAUGCACGACCCUAACCACCAAGGAGGCCACGACCACGGCCACCACCACCACCACCACCAUGACCAUGACCACAAGCACCAACACCAACAUGGCCUUGAGCCCGUUGAUCCAGACAGGGAAGCUGAAGGCCCAGACCGCCCCCAUACCCCGUCGUAUUUGCGCCCCCCCGUGGCGGGUAGAGCGCAGUCGGAUUCAGGUUCUGAGCCCGGUUUACCGCAGAGCAGUGUGGAGUUUGACUUGCCGUCCCCCGUCAGUCCCACCAGACCCAAGAGUCCAUGGGGUCGAUACGACCCGUACAACAAUAAUGAGGACCAGGAUAAGGAAUACGUGGGUUUUGCAACUCUGCCAAACCAGGUACACCGCAAGUCAGUCAAGAAGGGAUUUGACUUCACGCUCAUGGUGGCAGGGGAGUCUGGCCUGGGAAAGUCCACUUUGGUCAACAGUCUCUUUCUCACAGAUCUUUACAAAGAUAGGAAGCUGCUCAAUGCUGAAGAGCGCAUCACACAGACAGUAGAAAUCACCAAACACACAGUGGAUAUAGAGGAGAAAGGUGUCAAACUGAAGCUCACCAUUGUGGACACACCAGGCUUUGGGGAUGCUGUUAACAACACUGAAUGCUGGAAGUCUGUGGCUGACUACAUUGACCAGCAGUUUGAGCAGUACUUCAGGGACGAGAGUGGCCUCAACCGCAAGAAUAUCCAGGACAAUCGUGUCCACUGCUGCCUAUAUUUUAUCUCACCAUUUGGUCAUGGCCUCCGACCUUUGGAUGUUGAAUUCAUGAAAGCUCUCCAUGAAAAGGUUAACAUCGUCCCCAUCUUGGCCAAAGCUGACACGCUCACCCCCAGCGAGGUCAAGAAAAAGAAAAUAAAGAUCCGAGAGGAGAUCGAGCAAUACGGUAUAAAGAUCUACCAGUUCCCUGACUGUGACUCUGAUGAAGAUGAAGAGUUUAAGCAGCAGGACACGGAGCUGAAGGAGAGCAUUCCCUUUGCUGUAAUCGGCAGCAACACAGUGGUGGAGGCCAAAGGGAAGAGGGUGCGAGGUCGACUUUACCCCUGGGGCAUCGUAGAAGUGGAGAACUCGGCACAUUGUGAUUUUGUGAAGCUGAGGAACAUGCUCGUUCGCACGCACAUGCAAGACCUGAAGGACGUGACCCGAGAGACUCACUACGAGAACUACAGAGCCCAGUGCAUCCAGAGCAUGACCCGCAUGGUGGUGAAGGAACGCAACCGCAAUAAACUAACCAGGGAGAGCGGCACAGAUUUCCCAAUCCCCGUAGUGCCAGGAGUUGGAGACGAGACAGAAAAGCUCAUCCGAGAGAAAGAUGAGGAGUUGAGGCGGAUGCAGGAGAUGCUGCAGAGGAUCCAGGAUCAAAUGCACACUCAGAAGGAAGCCUAUUAACACAGGACAGAAGCUACACUUCCUUCAUGUCAUUAUACUGGGACUUAAAAAAAAAAAAACACCCAGAAACCUUUAUUCCUCUCUAGAACAUUGACAUCCUAUGUGUCCAUGUGGAUCAGGGAUCUGCAGGAGGUGGUAAGAUGACAUUUGCAGCAUAAUGGCUCCCUUCAUCCUCUCAAGAGUCUGACAUAAUGACUCCACUGCUGCAAGACACUCCACCCUUCACUCUUCUGUUUAGUCUUGUAUCUGAAGUUAAAAAAAAAAACAAUACAUGCUUAAGUGUGAUUGACUUUUAGUUUCCUGUAAUAGUAUGGAUGUUUGAGUUAUCGGGACAUUAUUUAGCCACUUGAUCAAAGGGUUUUUAUUUGAUGCAGAUCUGAUAUGAGGUUUCAUAGGGUGACCUGCUCAGAUUUUAUUAAGGCACAAGGAUUUUUUUUUACUAUGUUCUAGGGUCAACAUGCAUAUAUGUAUAUUGUUAUAAUUUAAUUUUCUAGAAAACACUCAAAUAUUUGUUCUACUGUAAGGAUGACUGUUUUAUCAUUUUACUUCAGGUGAUGUCCCAGUUUUUUUUUAGUUUUUUUUUAUUGGGUUCAGAGUCAUUUAAAUUUGUUUUAUCAGGAUGCCUGUCAGCACAUUUCUGUGAGGUUGUGCUCAGUGUUGGCCAGUCUUCAAGUCACUGUGAUGCUUACAGAUCACUAUAUCAUUGAACUUAUCCUUUUGACAUGAUGAGUCGUUUAUUUUUUUGUAGAAAUUACCCCCAAAAAACGGUUAUUCCAGAGUCAGCUGGUAAAGUCAUUGAGGGGGGGGGAUUAGGACUUUGGUCGGACAAGACCCUUUUUUUUUUGCAGGGGAGGGUUGCAUCGAAGGCCAUGCAGUGUAUUUAUUUUUGCAUGUUUUGUGAAGGUAACUGAGAUUGCAGAUGAAUUACAGAUGAUGAAUUAAGAAGCUAUUUAAUUGUUGGGGGAAUUGUGUAUGGAAAAGAAAUUGAUUCAUUUUUGUUUUGGAUGGUUGUUAUUAUUUCCUUAAGGGAACUCAUACGUUGGGUCAUGUUUACUUCAUGUUUAGCUUCUAACCAAAGGCAACACAUGUCCUACUUUUUUUUUUAAUUGACUUUCAUCGUUCUUUUCACAAAAUACUUCUCAAAGAGGAAUGAUCUAAAUUAUUGGUUGAAAUAAGACGCUCUGGCUAUUCAUUUUGAAGCUCUAUUCAUUUUAAUGACACAAAUCUGCCAUGUUGUCACCGUUGUUUUGUAAAAAAAAAAAAAAAACAUUCCUCAAGCUUGUCCCAGAGUCAAGUUUUAUUUUGGUUUCAGUUUAUUUUGUAUUAAAUUUGCCUUUUGUUAUUCUUCUUGUUUAAGUAUAUUUAUGUAAUAAAUUUAUAAAUUAAAUGUGGAUGGAAAGGACAUAAUGUACAAAUUCAAAUGUUGUAAUAAAUAAGGAUCAAAUUUCACAUCAUCA